GAAGAAGAACAAAGAAGACGACAAUUGGCUUUGAGGGAGGAAAUGAGGAGAGCAGAUGAGGAAAGGGAGAGACAAGUUCAACUUAGAAAACAAGAGGAAAAGCGAAUUCAAGAGGAAGAGGGGAAGAAGCUAAGAGAAUUAGAAAGAGAAAGAGCACUGGAGCUGUAUGAAGAGGAAGCAAUGGAAGAAGAAAAUGAAAGAACAAAGGAAGUCGAGGCAGAAAAAAUAAAUGAAGAAAUAGCACAGCUUUCCAAACAAGGAAAAAUAAGCGACCCUGCCUUAAAAGACUUUGGUGUUCCUCGCAAGGCUGCAUUCAAACCAGGGCCUUUAAAAUUCUUUCCCGAGGAAGAUAAGCGGAUUGAAAAAAAUCCUAUUUUCAAAGAUGUCCCACGUAAACCAGCUUUUGCGCCAGGACCACUGAUUGACUUCAUAGAAGAGUCCAAACCUAAUGAUAAUGUGGCUGGCCUUCUCUCAAAAGGCAGAAACACUGAGAUAGCUCCCAUGUCUUCAGCAGGACUAACACCACUUGGACUUAAUCCCAAUCCUGAUAAUAUAUCAGCUCUAAUGGCUAAAGGAAAGAACACUUCAAUAGAGCCAACCGGUACGUGUGGAACUACGACCUUUAUUAAGAAGAAAAACAAAUACCCCUUGGAUGGUGGUUCCAAGAGCCAACGAAACACCUCACAUUUGGAUGGUAGUGUGUUCCAAAACAAAAGCAAUACAAGGAUGCAUCAAAGCCCUAGUGGUGGAGGCAUUCAACCAAAAAUGUCAACAUAUGGUAAUGUGAAUCCUACCAAAUUCGGUCCAUUACAGACAACUCCGCAAAUGGCAAGUGACUCAUACGUUGACGAUGACCUUCUCGAGUCUGAGGAAUCGGGGGAAGGUAUUGAAUUAGGGCUUCCACGCCCAGGUCAAAACCCAGAAAGAAUAGGUCUUGGACUUCCACACCCGGGUCAAAGAUCGCAAAGAUUGGGAGUUCAACACAAAAGUGCCACUCAAGGAAAAAUAGGACUGGAAAUGCCCUCCUCUGCUCCGAGCGAGGAAAAAUCUAGGACGAUCACAGUUGGAAAAAACCAAUUUAGAUUGACUAAUCCCAAAGGAAACACGUCUCCUCGUGCUUUAGGGGCUGUCGGCGGUGUUCAAAGAGGUAAACCUGCACCAGGGCCAGGUACCAAUGUGGGAUUGAGACCCCAAACAAAACUCCUGAAUAGGCGUGGCCAAAAGGUAGAAAAGGAACCUGAAAAACCCAAACGUCUUAAUCCGGAAGACUUACCCCCAGGCAUUGUAACAUAUGCUCAGUUACAUCCUAAUGUACAAAAACAAAUUAUAAUUGGGAAGAACCCCCGUGAACAACUGAGGUUAAUGCACGAAGUAACAUAUAAUGCGGAAAAUCCCUUGAACAUCCAGCCAGAGAUAGAGGAACCAAAAGAACGUCCAUUGCAAUAUGAAGAAUUGAGCCUGGUUGAGCAAGAAGAUCGACUUAAAGCAUGUAUUGAAGUGAUGUUAGGCGAGGAAUUCUAUGAUUCUAACAAUGCGAGGAAAGAUGAGAUUGUUGAAGAAAUGAGCCAGGCAGCUGGAAUCCCAAAGAGCUUCCUCCUAGCAGAAUACCGUACUACUAUGGCCGAAGUGAGGCGAGCCCAAGCCCGUGAACAGACGUGGGCUGUUGGAACUAACAAGAUGUCCCUCCCGAAUAUGAACAGAAGCUAUCACAACAGAAAUGAAUCUGAUAGUCCACGCUCAAUAGAACAUAACGAUGACUUGACAACAUCACGACGAUCAGCCAGCCCUAUGUUUGUGACGCCAACACUCAACGUCCCCGAGCCUAUAACAUUAAUGCAGUAUAGGAUAAUGUCAGCCAACAACCCCCACUUGAACAAACGUGAACUGCUUAAAGUGACCAAAGCAUUGGGCCGUGACUAUGUUGCUGAAGAAAUCAACCAAUCAAAAAUAACACAGUCGUUAAACAAUAACACUAAAGAAAAGACAAAGGAGACAAAACCGUCAAAGACGAUCAAGCAGGGCUUCAAAAAAAUUAGGAAGACGAUUAAAAAGAAACUAGAGAACAUUGUGAACAGUGUGAAGCGUGCCAUAGGACAAUAACCCAAUCAAUUGAAAGAUAUGCUAAAAUGAUUUACUGACAACCGAUUGGAAAGAGCUCCAUAUAUAUCGUAUAUCAAAAUCUCGUCCGAAAAAUGUACACGAUAUGCGACACAGUGAUGGGACAGUUCGUAAUGGACAUCCAAAUCGACUGUACAGGGCCAAUCGAUUUGAUUCCACCAACGGAAACCAGUACGAGACUUGUCUUGAUGCACAUACGAUAAAUAUGUGUAUGUGAUUCGAUUCAACAUUUAUACGAUCAUAUUGAGAGUUCGUUCUGGAUUUCAUAAUUUCAAAGAUGAAGACCAGGCCAAUGUAGGUGCCUGUGGAAGUUCGCACAUUCAGCAUAUUACGUAUUCGUACGAUCUAUGAAUAAUUAGUUUUCCGACUUCAUGUCUAAAGAUCCAAUUAGAUAACUAGUUCCAGUACAUGGUUAUAUUAUGAUAAAGAACUGAGUCAAUUGGUGAUUCAAUCAAUGAUGUAUAAUUGGGUCAAUUUGUGAUUCAGUCAAUGAUAGACAACUGGGUCAAUUGUCAAUUUGUGAUUCAGUCAAUGAUAGACAACUGGGUCAUUUGGUGAUUCAGGCAAUGAUAAUCAACUG